UCCCCCGCGGAUCCUCGCCACAACACGCUCGCUCAAUCGCGCCCGACGCGACAUUGAAUCAUUGCCUAUCGAUAAUUAUUUGCAACCAUGCCGCGACCAAAGAGGACCAAGAUCACGUCAGCGACCACGCGUGUCUCGAAGCACGCCCCGCGCACCGAAGUCGCAAAACCUGCCGCCACGAAGCUCUCGAAAGCGAAACAAAAUGCAAAAACCUUCAGCGAUGAUAGCGACGGUCUCGUUGUCAAGUCCAAGACGACGCGCUCAACACGAGGACAGCCUUUGGGAAAGACUCAUGAGCCUGUUGUGGAGGCGGACCUGGAAAUGACUGGCGCGCUCCCAGUUGCAGAAGGCAGUCCAGCUGAAACGCCCAAGGAUCGCACACCGGCAUCAAAGGCGUCAAAGAGAACACGAGGCACGAGAUUGUCAGGUAGACAGAUAUUGUCUUCGACAGCAAAGUCAGCAUCAACGCGCUCGCCGGUCGAAGUCGCGCAAGAGGAGGCGGCCCAGGAAGGGGAUACAAGCGGCUUCGGAGACUUGACAUUCUCCUCAUUUGGCUCAGAAUCACCAUUACAUGGAACACGCCCACCAUCCGCGAUGAAAGUGGGCGCGACACCAGCGCAUGAGGCCUCCAUCUUAGCUUUGACGAACUUUAAGAGACGAGCCAGGCAACCAAGCUUACUGCGUAUGGUACAGCAGACCACCGAUGUGGAAGACAACGAUCAAAGUGGGCUCGACGACACAGACAACUUUGACUUUGACGACUUCCUCCCACAUGCAGAGUCAACGCCACUGAACGUGAGGAAACCCGUGGCAGAGGACGACGCACGAAAUGACAGUGGCACGCAAAUAUCCAGCUCUGGUUCUCGAGGUGUCAAGCGGAAGCUGACGCCCGUUGUCCAGGUGCCACGGUCUUCCCCUCCAUGCGAUCCGCCGUCUGGCGCAGGUCGACCGUCUAAGAAAGCUCCCACGUAUGCGGAGUCCGAGGGCGAGGAGACGGAGGCACCGAAGAAGGCCAAGAGGACCGCCAAGUCAAAAGCGCAACAAAAGAUAUCUACUGCACAGCUCAAGGUUCUCCUGCCUCGACGGAGGAACCGCAAUCUGCGCGACCGUGACGAGUUCGAUAUUGACUCAUCUGAAGCUACACCAAUCGAUUCGGAGCAGGACGAGCUGCAAAUGCCAAAUCCACGCGCUCGUCAAAGAGGCAGCGCAAAGGUCGCGUCUCCAAAAGCUGCUAAGAAGAAUGCUCGUGGGACGAAAGCCACGGCUUCCAGGCAAAGCAAGACAUAUAGCCGUAGGAUAUCAUCGGACAAGGAGAAUGACGCCAGAAACGACGGCGAUGAGGAGCCGACAGAGGCCUCUGUGGCCGAGCAUUCGGAAAAGCUGCUUGCUAUCAAGAAGAAGUUUGAGGAAGUCGAUGCGUUUGAGCUUGACUUUGAGACUGGGGAUGUGACGACAAGCUCAAGCCCGUUUCGGUGAUGGGUCUUCUGAUUUCGGCGUUUGCAAAGUAUGCUAUGAUUUAUGAUUGUCUGUGCAUUUCUGUAUACCCGUAGGGCGUUCUCACGGCGGUUCUUUGCUAGCAUGGCUGUAAAACACGUAGCGAUGCUCCAAAUAGCGAUGAAGGAGAAUCGAUGUCAACUUCUGA